GCAUAGAAUUUAUAGAUAAAGAUGAAAUGAACUGUAAGGAAAUCAUACCUAUUGAAAACGAAGCCACGGUUGAUGCCUACCCCAGACCCAGCCUUCGAUGCUGUCGUGUAUGCUUACGUCUGUUUCCUAAUGACUAUGUCCUCUUCACACAUGUCCGUGCCCAUCACGCCACUUGUGAAUCUAGGGAUGCUGUCUACCUGGAGGAGCUGCGUGCUCGAAGUCGUUUGGUCUGCCCGGUCUGCUGCGACCCACCCCUUUACUUUGCCACCCCUACCAAGCUCAGGCGCCAUCUGCGACAGCACCAUGGGAUUGAGCAUCAUGUGGAGGCUUGCAGGUUUUGUCAUGCUGAGUUUUUAGACAAGCAGGAGCUGGAGCUGCAUGUGGAUCUCUCUCAUAAUGUGAGUUUAUUCAUUAAUGAUGGAAAUUAUUUAUCUUACCAUAGAUACUCGUCCCAAAGCCCUUCUUUCAUUCACAGGCGACCCCACUUGUUUUGGUCAGGAUAAGGCUCAAAAAUGCAUAACCCGCUUAGAAGCCUACUCCACAAAAUAAUAAUGCCUGGGUAAAAGCUAUGUGGUUCCAAAGAAUACCUAGGAUGACAUAAGAAGUUCAACCUUGUAAUACACUUUUAUUAUAUACUCAUCAUUAGGUUUGGCAAUUGGUGGUUGCUGUCCUCUUGAAGUAUAUUUUUUUCACUAUUUUUUAUGCUUCUGGCACUGUAUUUGAAUCUUGUAACACUUGCUGUAGACUAAGACCUUGGCCUAUAACAAUAACAAUUUCAUAUUUCAAUGUGCCUGAAGAAUUUAAAUAUCUCAGUUGACCUGCUCAUAAGCUGACCACCCCACUUAUUCCUCUGAAAUAUUUAAACAAAAAAAAAGUUCUGCCUAAAAACGAGUGUCUACGGUACUCCUGGGUUUAUUUUUCAUUAGCUCUUAUUGGGAUUUACCUCAUUUGUUGGAGAUUCAUUUCGUCGUCCUAUCCUGAAUGAUGCUCUUCGAAGGGUGAGCUCCUAUCUUAAAACGUUUAGUUUUUAAAGAAUUAUUAACCCUUCCAAUGUCAGUGUGGUUAAUAACAUCACCUAGCCCCAAACAACAUAUUCAAUUGGGAUGGUAGUCAACAUAAUUAAGCUUUGGUGAAAUUGAAUUGGACCUCAGAGAGGUAUUGAGUUGUAGACAAGUGAUAUAUGAGGCUUGUUGUCAGGAGCAAUCUAGUCUUCAUGAUAGGUUAAAAUGUUGCCCCAAGCAAAUCAGCUUUUCCCUCAGUGACUGUAAAACACUGCACCAGGCUAAUCAGCACUUCUCUCAGUGACUGUAAAAUACUGCACCAAGCAAAUCAGCUUUUCCCUCAAUGACUGUAAAAUACAGCACUAAACAAAUCAGCUUUUCCCUCAAUGACUAUAAAAUACAGCACUAAACAAAUCAGCUUUUCCCUCAUUGACUGUAAAAUACAGCACUAAGCAAAUCAGCUUUUCCCUAAGUUACUAGAGGAAGGUAAUAGGUAGUUAAUUGAAAUGUGGUAAACCAUUCUAUUUGCUUUGAGAAAAUUGGCAGAGUGUGAUUUGAAUUAAAUAAAAUAGAAUUUAAAAGAAUAUGUACAUAUGGAGUAGAUAUGAACACUACAUCAAAUGGCUUACUAAGCCAAUCCUGAAAUUUCAGUCUCGGCUGCAUUUCUCGCACGAGAACCUUGAAUCCCUGUUAAAUUUGGCCUCCAUAAUGCUCUUUUUGUUGCACAGGCUUCUUUUCGCGCAUCUUGCAUACACUCCUGCAUACACGACUGUCUGCCAACUGGAAAGGUGCUCAGCGAUGACAUAAAGAACAUCCAAGAUAUUAACUCUAUGAUAAUAGUGGCUUCCAUGUGUUGAACUUUUACAGAUGGUUUUCAUUAGCAGUUUAAUGGUAACAAAAGAACUUUUGUAUUUGUUCAUCAAUUUUACUAGCUUUUUUUCUUUCUUUUGUCUUUAGCUCUACCCAGGCCUAGUAAGUCUUCUUUCACCCCCACAACAGAUGUUGAGGACGGAAAGAUCUUUGUUGUCAUGUAGUAGGUAUGGAAAUUAACUCUGUCAGAUCAGCUACCAUUUUUAAGAAUGAUUUCUCUGUGAUUUAGUGUUAGUUGAAAAAGUUGAAAUAAUUUAAGAGAAUAAAUGUCAGAAACCAUUUUGAUGGAUCUUCCACAACUUUCUAAUUAGUGUGUCUUUUUUGCCUAAUGAAUUUAGAGACAAACUUACCCAUGGUGUCUAAAGUAUGUUUGUAGUUUGCAGCCAAUGCGAUUUUUAAAGCCAAUUUUGAAAGACUGCAGUCAUUUUUGUUUUUCUAGACACAUAUUUCUUUAAAAAGCUGUGGAGCAUAUUUUCUUUUAAUUAGGUUUAAUAAAUAUUUCAUUCAUGUAUGUAAAAUUUAGAAAUGUUUGGAAAUAUUUAGCCUGGAAAAUAUAAACUUAAAUUAUCAGGGCCCAAUGCUUCUGCUGCUUGGUUGUAAUGAACAAAAUAUCUCUAAACAGAUGCAACAUAAUGUUCAGUGAUCGUGCGGCUCUACUCAGUCACACCUUGAAGGUCCACCCUGAGUUGAAUCAGUUCAAUAUUUGCCGGCUGUGUGACAAAGUCUUUGAGUCUGGCCCUGCUCUUCACAAGCACUUGAAGAAAGCUCAUGAACAGACCCAUAACGGAGAGCUCAAGUGCCCCUUCUGCCCAGCAUGGCUCCCCAACAUGGAACUAGCCUCAGUGCACAGGGUGACUCUACACAAUGGAGCCGUGCCCGUACAUUGCCCGUUCUGUGGGGCAGGUGAGUGGAUGUGUUUGACUGUUACGUUCUCAGAGUCACCUGCAGUCUUCUAGGCCGCCUUUAAGUGGCCAUUUUUAAUAGCCUUCAUGUAAAUUCUAUAGACGUUUGAGGAGGUCCCCUGCUGAAGUUUGUCUGGAAUCUAGGUUCUUAAAAAAAUUUUGUUAUAAUUUUUAUACCACUUGAAAGCUUAAAAUAUCAUUUUAAGCAUAUCAAAUUGGAAUUCUUUUAUCAAUCUUGUUUAAAAAUUACUUCAUGAAUUUUUCCUUAAAGUCACCAUAUGAUCAAAGAAUGCUAAGCCAUUAAAAAUUAAAUAUUGUAAUAUUAAACAUGGACUCAGUCCUGGGUUUUUUAGUAAAUCCAUUUAUUGAUGAAAUUUUAACCAUCUAACUUUCAAAAUGCUAAAUUGUUGAUCUGUCCUGUAUUAUUAAACUCUCACCAUUCAUCAUGACAUGUCUAACCAUUGAAACCCACCAUGUGACAGGAUAUCAGAGCCUUCAUCCAAUGUACAACCACGUCCGCAGUCAGCACCUCCAGACAGAGGCUCACAUCUGCCCCGAGUGCCAGGCCAGUUUUCCGUCCAGUCGUAUGUUGUCCGAUCACAACAGGAAGGUCCACCUGAUGCCACCACACAUAGCCAAGGACAACUUAAUGGGCUCCAACAGCACCACCUACUGCUGUCCAUUCUGCACCGUGUCUUUCAUGCGCACGUAUGAUUUAGCUGUCCAUGUGAUCAACUCCCACAGGGACCGUUUGCUCCCUUCACAGUGCCACCUGUGCAUGCAGUCAUUUGUCAGUGAUAUUGUCAUGAAAAUGCACAUGUCUGGGGCUCACGGGGUCGAGGUUCACGAGGGCGACGAAGUCGGUUAUUUACACGGCCAUUUUAGCAACAGGGAUCCUGUUUUGGAGGAUGGCAGUGAGGACCUAUAUUCUCAUGGUGAUAGUUUUGUGGCUAGGGGACCUAGAGGAAGACAUGUCAGGAGGCAUAUCAUUGAUCAUCAGGACAUACUGGAAACCCAAGGUGAGUUCAAUCUAUACAGCUCUCUUCAAAUAUUACAGUAACAUUAUAAAUGUGGUUUCUCUCAGGCAGGGCGUAAUAUCUUAUAUAAAUACGUUUUAGUCCAUGACAAUUAAUGACCAUGUCGCUAAUUGUUGAUGAUGUUAGAAACUGUCCCUAAUGUCAUUAAUGAUCGUAAAUGGUCCUGAUCCUAAUGUUAUAUGACCUCGUGUCAAUAAUAAUCUGAAUGUCAUUAUUGAUCUUAAUAACAUUUAUUUAUCCCAAGGUCAUUUAUUGAUCCUACCUUUAAAAAAUUUAACUCGUUAAUUAUCAUCAGUCCACAGUGCUUUAUUUGAUUUUAGCACCUGUCUCCAUGUACAUAUUCGUCAUCAAACCUCCAUGUAUAUCAUCCACACCUGGAACCGUUUAAAUAUCUGGAUUAUAAUGUAAAGCUUAGUAGAUUUUAAAAAUCUGAGCUGUCAAAAUUACUCUCUUGUUUGGCAUUUGUUCCCAGAAGCUGGUCGGUACCUUCAAGAGUUGGAGGAUAGAGAAUCAGAAACUAUUGUGUAUUUGAAUGAGAGAAAUCAAGUGGUUAACACAGGUUAGUCAAACAUUAGUGAAGCAUGUUUAUUUAUCUUUCUGCCAGCUUUUAGCUCAAUAGAAUCUACCUAAUACAAAAGGUUUUGAGAUGGCCUGAUAAUGAGGCUUGGCAAUACCAUAGGAUCAUGACAAAAACAGGUCUUGGUUAAAAAUGUUGAUGCACCUACUUCAGUGUUUUCUGUAAAUGUUGUCACAUGGUUUAACAAUUGUGUUCCGUUGAUUUCUUUAGGUGAAAUGUUUGGCAACUGCUCAUCAAUGGAGGACGUCCAACUGCUGGGUGAGGCAGGUGAAGAAUUCAAUCUUCAGGCUGUAGAUUAUCUGGAGACGCUGUCCAAUGACAGCAUUGCAGUUGGAGCUGAUGUGGUGGCUGAUGUCAGCAUUGAUGAAAUUACAAAUGCUCGAGGAAAGGUAAGAUUCUUUAGUUGCUAGCUUUACAACUGACAGUAGAUUCAGUCCACUUAAAAGUCAGGGUAUAUUUUUACAUUGCCAGCUUCAAGUAAACCAUUCCCACAUAUCAAGUCUUCUAGGGGCUGCUGAAAUUGACACAGAUAUGUACAGAGAGGUGUGCCAAUUGUGUUUUUCAAGUUUUUUUCAGCCGACACAAUUCAGCCAAUUAUAUUUGUUGAUCAAACACAGACAAAUAAAAGCUUAUUUCUGCAAUGUGCCUAAAACAGUUCUUGACAAAGAAAAAAAUGGUGCCAGGCAAUGUUCCCUUUAAGCUGCGCAACCAGCUAUCUCACAGACGCCGCGCAGCAGUUUUGAGUACCGCACUGCAAAUUUCCAUGUAAGUGUGUGUUUUUGUUUGUGGGUUGUAAAUUUUGCACACAAAAAAAUUGAUGCUGUAAAACUUUGCACACAACUGUAUAAUUUUGCCCACGAACCAACAAACCUUAGAGGGAACAUUGGUGCCAGGUAUAAUGCACCUGUGUCAAAAGAAAUUUUUCAUUGCCCCAUCAAGCACAAAAAUUUCUCAUAUAUUAUUAAAUGUUAGAAAUUUCCUUUGACUUCUGUGCAGACCUCACAUUAAAGUUCUAUACAUUAUUUUACAUCUUCUGAUAAUGUAUCCCUAUUUAUUUAUUGAGGUUUUUUCAUAUAAUCAAUUUGUAAAUUAACCGACAGAUGUGACAUAUCAAUUUUUGACAUAAUGCUUUUAACUGGUAAUUUAUUUCUCGAACACAUACUGAUGAUGCAAAUAAAUUAAUCUCCCUUUAGGUGAAUAGAAAUCAGGAGCUAUUAGGCAUGGCCAGCCAGUUUGAAAUUGAUGGCGUCCUCUAUGAGCUGGCAAGCUCCCAUGAUGCUCCAGCCCAUCAUUUACGAGGAACAAGUGACAUAAUGACCAUUGAUGGGAGCGAUAUGAGAGUCUUGGGAGAUAGGAUAACCAUUGAUGCUAAUGAUUUCGCUCACCUUUUGAGGCAGCAAGUUCAGUAGAUGGAAAUGAUCUUCUUUCUCUCCCCCCCCCUUUAUUCUCCUUGCACUCCAAACAUAUUUAAUGUUUAACUUUUAUUGAAAUAAUAAGUCACACUCCCUGUUUUUUUUCCCCCCUUGUAACUGAUGUGUAAAUUAUGUAUGCCAGGCUUUUUCUGCUGAGUUUUACUUAGCAAGAAUUAAUUAUACAGAUCUGAAAGAUUUGUUUAUCUUGAAGCUUGGCUUUGCACACAUUUGACCGUAUGAAAUGAUGAUUGCGUCUAGAACAUGCUUGUCAUGAGAUGCCCAUUGGUGUAAAUUUAUUUCUCAUUGUGCCAAAGUUACUUGUGAUACACUAAAUUAUAGUUAUGGG